AUGUCAAUGAAUAACCAGGUUGUCGUGUCUGCUAGUCUUUUAUAUUAUCUUUAUAAAGUUAAUAUGUACACGACACGUGAUCAAUAUCUAGAUAUAAAACAACAAACUGGUGCAUUCUAUGGUGAUCCUACAUUAUUUCAACAAAAUAGAAAAGGUUUUACAGAUGCCUUUGCAAGUAAUACUUUUAUCAAAACUUUAAAAACAAAUUAUACAUUCUUUCAAUUAGAUUCCGUAUCAACAAAUAUAUUUAGUCAAUCACUUGAAAAAUUGGAAAUUAUUCAAUUUAGUUGGUAUCCUUUUGAUUAUUGUCAAUUAACAAUUGAAUCAUUAUUAGAAAUGAUUAGAACAAAUAGUCAUAAAAAUCUUAAAAAAUUAUCUCUAACAUGGGUAGGAAAGAACAAGGAUUUGGAAAAUAGUUUUAUCAAUGCAAUGACUCUAAACACUACCAUUGAUAAAUUAUGUUUAAAAGAAUCCAAUUCAUCAUUUAUCAAACCAAUAUUUAAAUUUAUUCGUGGUAAAGGAUGGUUAUCAAUUAAUCCAAAUGAUUGUAGACCAUUACAUACAUUAUAA